UUGCAGAGGAACUGAGGAGAUAAGAUACAUUGAAAAUUAGGGCUUCGGGGCACCACGUCGAAGAAGCUCGCAAAUCGAGGCGCGAAGAUCAGGGUAGCAACCAACCGGAUCGAACGAAAAAACACCGCACUGUAGAGGGUGAAUAUCGAUUCUACAAUGGGCUUUGCAGCAGCGGAAGCGAUGCUUUGAGUUGGCGCGUCAGUGGAGCUCAGCUUCGCGGUUCUUGUUUCCUGAGCGGCGUGUUGAAUUGAGAGAGGGGAAGAAGGAAAGGUCCCUGUUAGUGGUCGCCAUGGAUCAAGUAACGUCGGGGAAAGCCAGGUCGCCGAGUGCUGACGACCACACGGAGCCUUCCUCAGACGCAGAAUCCGAAUUGUUGCAUUCUCUGUACGCAAUUCCAAGUAUAGACAAAGCGUGGGCGAUUCCAUCGUGCCAAGGUGGAGCGGGUUUCGAUGUGGUGGUGGCGAUGAGCCAGGUUAAUCUCCCUGCGAACGCGAAGCGCACGUUUCUGUCUACGGUCUACAUUCCAGAGACAUCGAGUGCUACGAUCACAGAUUACCACUGGUCACCGUUUCCUUUUGAGAUCAGCGGGGCCAGUCUGAUCGUCCCUUCACCUUCGGGUGCGAAAGUGCUGAUAAUUCGCAACCCUAAGGAUUCGACGUCGCCAACGAAUCUUGAAAUCUGGGGUCCUGGGCAACUUCUUCGGGAGAUAUUUGUGGCAUCAUCAGUACACGGAUCAGUCUAUGGAGACGGUUGGUUUGAGGGUGUUUCGUGGAGUCAGAACGAAGAAUCUAUUGCGUAUGUUGCCGAAGAACCUGUCGUUUCUCGCCCCGUUUUUGGCCAGUCUGCAUCGACGCCAGGUCAGAACAGCAAUGCUACUUUGGAGGCAGGGAAUUGGAAAGGCCAAGGGGAUUGGGUGGAAGAUUGGGGCGAGUCCUACUCUGGAAAGCGAAGACCCGUCCUAUUCGUUGCGAAUGUCAGCACCGGGGCAGUGCAGGCUGUUGAAGGCAUUUCCCGAGAUAUCAGUGCUGGGCAAGUGGUGUGGGCUCCUCAACCGGCAUCACCUGAUGGUCCACAAUCUCUCGUUUUUGUUGGCUGGUCAUCUUACGCUGAAAAUUUCAGCACUCCACGCAAGCUGGGCAUGAAAUACUGCUUCAAUAGGCCUUGUCAUCUUUACCACGUUGAAGCCCCAGUUCCUGACAGGGAGCCUUCUGAUGCACCUCGUGAGGCUACCAACCUUACAGAAGGCGUGAGUAGUGCAUUUUCCCCUCGAUUUAGUCCAGAUGGAAAGAAGCUGGUGUUUUUGUCUGCUGAAGCAGCUGUCAAAAGUGGAGCGCACAAUGCCACGAAUUCCCUUCAUCUUAUUGAUUGGCCAACAGACUUGAUCAGGAUCGGUGAAAAACCGCAGGUUAAGGACAUCGUCAACGUUGUGCAACAUGCGGAAGAAGGUGCUUUCCCUGGUCUGUAUUGCUACAAUCUCGUUGCAAACCCUUGGUUGGAUGACGGCUCUACGCUCUUGCUCUCCUCAGCAUGGCGCAGUCAGCAGGUCAUUCUUAGCAUUGACGUUGAAAGUGGCAAUGUGAGUAGGGUUAGCUCUUCCGAUUCCUUGGCUUCCUGGAAUCUUCUCGGUUUGCAAAAUAGUUGCAUAGUUGCCACUGUCAGCUCCCCAAUUCAGCCCUCGAGUUUACACCUAGGCCACUCGGCUUCUGUUGGCAGCCCGCUCAAAGGUGGCAAGGAGUGGAAGUGGUCAGCCAUCAAUGUCCCCUCCCUUAAAUUCGCUUCAAAGAUAGAAUCAGUAAUGCAAUCCAUGAAAUAUGAAUUGCUCCAGGUCUCUCCUCCGAAAGCGGACCCUCUGAAGUCCUUAUCCGUAGGCUCGGGGCAACCAUUUGAGGCUAUCUUUGUCUCCCCAACGGGCUCCAUCAGGCCUCUUACAGAGGAGCCAAGGAUAGAGAGUAUUCCCCCUCUGGUGGUGGUGCUGCACGGAGGUCCUCAUUCCGUUAGCCAAACCAGCUUCUCCAGGAACGCAGCGUUCCUCUCAAUGUUAGGAUUUAAUCUACUCCAUGUUAAUUACAGGGGCUCAUUAGGGUUCGGAGAAGAAGCACUACAGUCUCUACUCGGCAAUGUGGGGCGCCAGGAUGUCGAUGAUGUCCUUGCGGCAUUGGAUCUGGUUAUUGGAAAUGGAAUGGCAGAUCCUGCGAGAGUUGCUGUCCUCGGUGGAUCACACGGUGGCUUCCUGGCGACACAUCUUAUUGGCCAGGCACCGGAUCGGUUUGCCACCGGCAUAGCUAGAAACCCUGUAUGCAAUGUCUCCUCCAUGGUGGGUAUCACUGACAUUCCAGAUUGGUGCUACGUGGAAGCUUUUGGUAAAGAUGGGCUUUCCAACUACUCUGAAGCUCCUUCGGUUAAGGACCUCAGUGUGCUAUACCAGAUCUCUCCCAUUGCCCAUAUCUCCAAUGUUAAGGUGCCGACAUUGUUUCUGCUUGGGGCUCAAGACAGAAGAGUGCCAGUAUCCAAUGGCUUCCAGUACGUACAAGCGUUGCGGGCGCGGGGACAGGAAGUCAAAGUCAUCGUGUUCCCCGAGGAUGUUCACGCCAUUGAUAGACCUCAGUCGGAUUUUGAGAGCUUUUUGAAUAUCGGAGUCUGGUUGAAGAGAUUCAUUCAGUAAUGAAGCAUGGUCGAUAACAUGUGAACAUCAACGUGAUCAGCCUUGUCACAUGGCAAGUAAGAUCCGAGGCAAGUUUCAACUUUGCUGCAUUUACUUGGCUAGCAUGUACUCAUUUUAAGCUUCCUCAGAUUCAGUUGGACACUUGGAACAAUUCAAUCACGGGUUGUAUCAUUUAUGCUCAUUCUUGUGGCUACCACUGAAUUCUUUCAGUAUUUCUUCAGGAUUAUCUGACCAUUGUGUUUUCUAUUCAAAGUUUCUUGAAUUAAGGCGAGCAUCGUCACCUGUCCAGUUAGCUAUUAAAAAAAAAAAAAAAAAAAAAAAAAAAACUGGACUUAGGAGUAGUAAUAUUCAGAACGAAGCUGACGAAUCGUGUCAACUUCAGUCCUACUCCACAAAUAUAUUUAUUUUCUUCUAAUUUGUAAUCCUACAAAACUUUAUUUGGAAUGUAGAUGCUGCGACAUAAAUUGCAACGAUGGUUUAUUUGCA